AUGGACUCAUCUGGGUCUCAGGGUGUUCCGCAAUUCUCCAGCUUCCAACCUCCCCCUACCGCUCCUCCGGCCCCCGCUACCGGCUCGGACCAUGAACGUCGCGGGCGUCGCCCGCGCCAUCGUCGUCGCGCAGACCGCAAAGAGUCUCCACGCUCUCGUCGCCAUGAACCGCGUUCGGACGGUGGCCGUCAACAGGCGACAGGCGAAGAAAUUGAGAAGCGCCUGAGUGGUGAAGGAACUGACGAUUUAAACGCUACAAAAGAUGAGCCAAACAAAGGAUUUAUCGUCGACAGCCGCGGCGAUCGCGACAAUACACGUUACGGUGUGGAUCGUUACGAGGUCCCUGCAUACCAUCGCAAUGGCAAUGGUUUUGUACUUGGGCUCCCCGGCCAGCGCAUUGAUUACCAAACGCGAUAUGACCAAGGCCCUCUUCUCCUUCUUCGCCCCGACUCAGGCUCGUCAACCUCCGCAGUCAAGCCCCUCUCCGCCGAAACCCUGUCUGCUUUGUCCGUCAAUCUUCCCGUUCGCCUCCGGUCUGAUCUUAAUGCCAACCUUGCUGCUGAGACCUCACAUACACAAAAUUUCAUCUCGACAACAGUCCCAUCUCAAUCCGGCGUUGCGACAACUGCCAACUUAGAUGAUGAACCACCGUCUUAUCGCUCUAUCGAGAUCCCAGAUAAAUCCGAAGAACAAGCGACUGAGGAUGAUGCGAAGACCUUCAUUCGUCUUGCUGUCGAAGCUGAGAUCUUGAAUCGCAAUGCCAAGUUGAACAGCGCAGUGGCACAACAUCCUAAUGAUAUUCAAGCAUGGAUCCGGCUUGCUGAACAUCAAGAACUUGCCGUCACGGGUGGGACAUCUGGCGAUCGGACCUCCUAUCGCGAUCAUAUACAACUUGUGGCAAGAGCCAAGCUGUAUGUGUAUGAAAGAGCGAUCAAGGCCAACGCACAAAAUCCUGAACGCGAUCAUCUCGUGCUGGGCCGUAUGGAAGAAGGUGCGAAAGUCUGGGACUCCACAAAACUUUCAUUGGAAUGGGACGGAGUCCUCCGCCGUCACUCUGAGUUCAUCAAUAUAUGGAUUGAGUAUCUUGACUACUGUCAGACUGACAGUCAGGAUUUUAACUUUGACACUUGCUUCAAGACUUAUGCCUACUGUUUGAAGCUACAUUCACGUGUCGGCUUCGGACCGCGGAAUACUCUUAUCAGGGGGGGGGGAGGAGAGGCCCUAGUGGAGUUUAAAAAGCUCUGGAAACCUGGGCACAUCCGAAUUGGGGAGCCUCAUUGGCAACCCUGGAACAGUGGACAAACCUCCCGUCCUCCUAUCAACGAGCAUGUUUACACUUCUGAGGCGAAUACCACAGACUUGUUCCCAUCCUGGGUACGUGCAGAAAGAGAGCGGAUGUUCAAAAAUCGCAUGCCGUCACAUGCCUUUGGUGAAACUGGGGAGAAUGACGGUUUCCGAGUAGUCCUUCUUGAAGAUCUCACGCAGAUACUUCCUUAUUUCUUGGAUUUGGAAGAAAGUCUUGGUUCCCUAGUUGAUAGCUUCUUGUAUUUCUGCCAUUUGCCUCACUUGACAAUGCCUGCGAAUAUGCACACCAGCCGGCUGUGGACUGGUGACAAUUUCGUGCGAAACGAAUACAUGGAUGAUCCUCGAAACACAAUCGCGGACUGGAUCACUUUUGGGAAGUUUGCCUCAACCACAAGCCUUGCGCCUUUCGCAUUCCCUCACCAGACCUUCGUUCACACCACCGAUACUCUUUUCGCCGACCCAAAGCUGUGGUUCUCUGCGCUAACGAAGUGGGCUGCAACCACCUCUCAUUCUUCCUGUGUCAUCGAUCCCGACUUUGUAAUCUUGACUCUCCAUGCCCUUGUCGAUAUCUUCAAAGAUAGCCAAUUGGCUGAAUACGCCAUUGCAGUAACUUUCGCGUGUGACAACGCUCUGGGCAAGAAAUACGGAAAGAGACUCUUGAAGGAGCGAUCAUCAAAUCUGAGACUUUAUAAUGCCGUUGCGCUCAUGUAUUGGCGGACUGGCGAUCUUGAUGUUGCUCACAAUGUGUGGUCCACCGCUUUGUCUAUGAGCCAGAAUUUUGAUGCCCGCGAGCUCACUGACUCUGCACUUCUGUGGAACUCUUGGAUUUGGGAAAUGCUUCACGCUGGGAACAAGAAUCGAGCUUCAUACCUGUUGCAAGCCAUGCCUUAUAAUCGAGUCCACUUGCUAUCAUACGACACAGCUGAUGAACUUGAAAUCAAUGAGACCACUUUUCUCAGGUGCUUGUUUGCCGCUCAGAGGAAUGCCUUGAAGUUCAAGAAAAUGCAAGCAUACGUAGCUUACGCCGACUGCUAUGCCAUCGCCCUCUAUCUCAUGGGCGAGCAGCUUGAAGAAGUUCUUGAUGUCUACAAUGACGCCGCCACUUCUCUUAGAGUCUUGCCUAGGACUGAUGAUGAUUCCAGGGUGUUCGGCGGAGAAUUGCUGCACCAAGCCCGAGCACGGAUCAUUUACCACUAUGUGGAGAAGCAGAGUGGUCAAUUCAGACCCGCUGACAUUCGUGCGCAGCUCCUGGAUAGUCUGGAAUGGUGGCCUCACAACACCAUGUUCUUGUCGCUGUUCAAAUGGAACGACGCUCGUUUGAAUCUGAGCGAUCGAACCCGCGAUAUCUUCGACGUCACUAUCGGGGCGAAGGCCAGGGCCGCCCGGCAUCUGCAAGGGCCUGCCCCAAUCUACCGUGUACCCGUCACAACUCACCUUUUUAGCAUCUACGCUGAGAUGGGUCGCCCUCUCCUGCUCGGUUCGACCGCGCAUUCCAUUCGGGCAGCCUUCGAGCGGGCGAUCGGUGAUCAUGGCAUCGUCCCGAUCGGGCGGACCCCAACUCGAAAGAGUCCCUUCGAGCUGGCGAGCUCAACCUCCGCGCGGACCAGCCUCACCAUCUGGAGGCUAUACAUUCUCUACGAGCUGUACGCGGAGUACAACGUCGGCCGCGCCCGCGAGAUCUUCUUCCGAGCCCUGCGCUCUUGCCCCUGGUCGAAGGAGCUGUACCUACUCGCCUUCGAGCACCUGCGGGCGGAUUUGACCGACCGCCUGCCCCCCCUCAGUCUCAACCGGCAGGGAGAGGUCAGCUCUUCGGGGUUCAACCCUGCAGAGCUUCGGGCUCUAUACUUGGAAAUGCUGCGUCGUGGACUCCGUAUUCACUACUACUUGGAGGGCCGAGUAGGCCCAGAGGAGGUCUGA